AAUUUUUUUUAUCUGCCAGCUGCGUUGGCAGAGUGUGCCCUUGAGUAGAGUGAAAAAUUCUACCGGCGGUGGCAUGAAAAUUCACUAGUCAGUAAUACUUUUUCUAGCCACGCGACUACAUUUUCCUGUCUGAUUGAUGGUAUUAUUUUGAAUCAUCGGCGCGCGUGGCUGAACGUAAUCGAGGAAGAGCCUAUGAUGCUGAGUUGCUAGUCGAUUUUAAACUGCAAAGAUAACUUGACCGAUUCUCCUGAACAUAGUUUUGAGUCGUUUCGGUCCCAUUACAUAACCAAAGACCGCCAAGAAAUGGAUCUUCUAGACGAUCGAGGCAUCCUGUACGUUAUAGCGGACUUAUUGUCCUUGAUUACCAUAGCGUCCUGCUUGGUGUCGAAAGUACCGCAGAUUCAAACGGUACACCAGUUGCGGUCCGCAACAGGAUUAUCGUUGAAUGGACUAUUGAUGGAACUGUGCAGCUACACUGUGACGAUGUUGUACAACUUUACGAAUGGGUAUGCUUUCUUGUCUUACAUGGAGUAUCCUAUCCUUUUGGUUCAGGAAUACGUACUAGUGUAUGUGGUUCUCAAAUAUAAAAAUAUGCUGAACAAACCUGCUUACAUUUGGAGUGGUGUUUACGUGGCGGUAUUUUCUGCCUUUGCCAUCGGAGUUCUUCCCAGUAGUUUGAUUAUGAUGCUUGUGCCUUUGACGACCCCGGUGGGUGCCACUAGUAAAGUCAUGCAACUAGUCGCAAUUCUAAAAUCCAAGGAUUCGCAGUCGGUUAGCCUCAUAACCUGGGCCCUAUCGGCAUUUACCAAUUCAACUCGCAUUUAUACCAUUCUGCUGGAUUCGGCAGACAAGAUGUUGCUGGCCAACUUUGGAAUCUCGACCAUUCUGAGUACUUCCGUCCUCCUGGCUGCAUGGUACUACAAGAAACCAAAGCAGGAAUAAUAGCAUUAACGACAAUAGCUGCUUGCUGCUACGUCACACUUUGCUUCCGUUAUUCUAUCAACAACCUACGACGAGACAAUGCAGCACAAGCGAAGAUUCAACGUCAUCGGCGAUAAUUACGACACCGCGCCACCGUCGAGCGUAUAGCCAAUAUUAACAACAUUUAUAACACUGAUAACACGCGACCCGCCAACCUAGGACGCAAUCUGCACAUACUUUUGUUUACUAUUAUUAGAAGGAAGACAAGUUUUAAUGGCAUUGAGUUCGAUCUAGUCCUGAUAAGUGUGGAACAUAGUUGCACAUAUUAGAAACAUUUCUUGCACAAGCAGUUUCGAUCUAAUAAAACGAUACUCACAGUUUAAGCAAACGAUAAAAGACAAAUAAAAUAGUGAUUGUUCAAUUUA